UCCCUCUGGGAGCAGUGUAUGUUAUGAACAAACCUCAACCAUGUCAGUCACAAUCAUCUUGCUCGUUGUCUUUGUGACACUUCUGUUCUGGAAAGUGCACAGGACCUUUAGUUUCUGGAACGACAAAGGCAUACCACAUGUUGGAGCUUUUGACUACCUGCUCUACGCGUACGACAUUUUUACAAAGCCCAUGUACGAGGCUGUACGCAAGCACUACAAGCGUCAUGGACGAUUUUACGGAUCCUACCAGGGCCUCGCUCCCAGCCUGUAUGUUGCAGAACCUGAAGUCCUCGCCGAAGUAUUUGUCAAAAAAUUCAAGUCAUUUGCGGACAGAACGAUCGGACAAAAGCUGGGGAACAGUCUGAGACAGAAAUCCAUCUUUAAUCUCUCCGGAGACGAGUGGAAGCACGCCCGCUACAUCCUUUCGCCCGCCUUCACGGGAAACAAACUCAAGGCAGCAGUUCCGAGGAUUGUUAAGGUCACCGAGAGGUUGACGGCCCGCUUAAUAGAACAUGCCAAGAACGGAACUCCGGCUGCUGCAAACGAGCUCCUCCAUAGCUGCGCGAGAGACACGACAGCCGCCGUUGUGUUCAGCUUCGACAUGGACAGUCACGUGGACAAGAAGCAUCCCCUGAUGGUCUGCUUCGAGAAGCUGUUCGCUGAAGUGGUUCCCAGCUGGAAAGUGCUGCUCCUGUUUACGAUGCCCACCAUCUUCAGGCAUCUCCGGCCGAAGAUCGAAGCCAAAGGGGACACGGAUGACUUGAUUCAUUUUGUGGGGCUGAUGGCCGAUGACCGAAAGAGCAAACAAAAGAAAGAAGACGACAUCCUGCAGAUGUUCCUCGACAGCGGGUAUGUGGAUAGCAACGGGAACGUAGUCCCAGCCGUGAAACCUCCUCCCGAUGGCGAAAAACCCCUGACGAUCGUGGACAUCACCGCCCAGUGCCGACUCUUCUUCGUUGCUGGUACCGACACCGUGAUGGCGGCUAUGAUGGCCCUGGCGUACCUGCUCGCUUUGAACUCGGAAUGUCAAGAGAAGCUCAUCAAUGAAAUUGACGCUGCCGUGAAAAAAGAUGGGGUAACAUACGAGAGCAUUCAGUCCAUGGUGUACCUUGAAGCCUGUGCAAAGGAAGCGAUGCGAAUGUACCCAGCUGCUAUGUUCCUGAUGAGGACUUGUACUGAAGAAACGACGCUCGCUGGAAUCAACUUCAAACCUGGAAUGAAUGUGGAUAUACCAAUUGCCGGCAUCCACUAUGACCCGGAGUUCUACCCUGACCCCGAAUCGUUCAAACCGGAAAGAUUCCUGCCUGAAAACAAGGAUUCCCACACACCGUACACGUACCUUCCAUUUGGAAGUGGGCCAAGAAAUUGCGUGGGAAUUCGGAUGGGGUAUCUGAUAGUGAAGGUGGUUUUCGCCUGCCUGCUACAACACGUCAAGUUUGGCACCUGUCCUGAAACGAUGAUUCCUUUGAAGCUGAAACCAAGGUGUCUUCUGCCACUGCCAAGACGACGUGUAAUGCUUCAGGUUUACUCGCGCACUUAGUGGUCAACAUGGAUGCUAUCAUCUUUAUUUGUAUGGCCAUUCCGUUAUCACACUCAAUAUGACAUGAAACACCAAAUCCCGUAUUAAUCUACAUUUAAAGUCGCUACAAGUUUUUUCUUUUUUUUUUAAUGUAUCAAAAAUACUGAAGUUUGGGAGACCACCUUCUCAUUCCGUUCCUCGUUCGAACCUUAACUCUCUAAAAAAAAACUUGCAGAGGCGCGGGAAAAGCAAGGACUGUCUCAGCUCAUAUUGAACUCAAUAUUGCAUAUGCUUGAGGCGGGAUAUGGCAAUGGAGGUUGCAUAGCGCAGAGCUGUAUGAACUAUUUCGGGUUUAAAUGACAAGAAUGUUGUCAUUGUGUAAAAAUGUAAAAAAAACAAUGAUUUUGUGUAAAUAAAUAAAGUUCGUAUUAGAAUGUUUUUA